AUGUCGUUAAGAUAUAGGUUAUAUCUUCUUCCUCGAUGUGAGCUCUGGCAAGCUCUUGCAAAGGACGAUGAUUGGAGAUUGCUUUCGGUUCAUACACAGACUGGAACCGCAAAAGGGUUUGCUAAAGUGAGUUGCUUUGAGAAUCUGCUUGGCUCACCUACUUUCGUGGAUAUAAGAAAAGGACGGCUCAGAUGCGUGGAGACUGGUCACGAAGUUGUAGUCGGAGAAAAAAAAACAUACGCUCGUAACAAACGGUGUCGUCUGGGACUCAUCGAUCACCCUCUAUCUCAUGGGAAAUCUCCUCUCACCAAGUUCUCGCAGUGCCUAAUUUCUCGUUCGAAGCUCGUGUGCAAGCUUAUUGGGGAUACUGUGAACAAGAACGAGGAACAUAUCUGGAAAUACGUAAAUGGGAAGAGAUUUCUACACAGAUUAGAGCAAGUGGAAAGAGGAGCUGUAACAAGUGGAAAGACCGAGAAAAUACAAGUAACCAACAAACACAGACGCGUUAAGGAAGAAACUGACUCCAAUGAUUCAGAGUUUUGGAUGCUUAAGUCAAGUUCUGGUUCAGAGUCAGAGCAGGAGAGUGAUGAAGAAAACUGCAAAGGUUCUCAUUGUGAUGCCAAAGAAUAUGAAGAGCCCUCAGAAAGAACAAAGAGGAUGUCAAUAGAGAUUGGACCAAGUAUGAUCAUUACGGUAGCGCCACUAUGA